CUUGCGCUUUUCUCGGAAUGGCGAUCUCAGCAACGCGUUGACGCGUUGCAUUUCAGUCAUUAACGCGAGAUGUCACAAAUGUGACGGUUCGCGUUCGAAGUUUCAUUUCGGUCCAGAAAUCGCGAUCGGUUAGUAAUUAGCAACGACUUCUAUUUCUUGGUGACUCUCUGUCUGGAUAUGUACUCCUUCUCUCUUCACAAAACUCUUCAUGACCUCCCGAACGAACUACUGCUCUUGAUUGUGGAAUAUAUCGGAGAACAACGACAUCUACCAAGAAAGUUUCGUGCCAUUUAUGCCCUCUCUCAAGUGAACCGUCGCCUUCGAGCCUUUUGCGCUCCUCAUCUCUACCGACAUCUACACUUCUCAUCUUCCGAGAAAUAUCACAAAUUUGCCUCUCACAGCAGAUUUCCAACGAGUGACAUAGCUCUACAUGUUCGGUACGCCUUCAAUUUUCAGUCUAUAUACAUAGGCAGCGAACUCCUAUUUCUCAGCGAUAAACCUCCCGCGUCGUUGCAUAGGGGUUUUCGAUGUCCCUUUCCAUACCUCCAUUCCUUCGAAUGUCUUAACCGAAUCCCCGAAAGCGUCAUAAUGGCGAAACUUUCUUCAUGUAGUCAACUCAAAAACCUAGCUCUUGUAUGGCCUACUCAUUGGCCAUUCCCCGAGCUUCGGUUUAACCCGCAACUAGAAACCCUUCGUCUCAAAAUCGUUCAUAAACAGGCCAACUGUCCCUUCGCGAUCAAUACAGUGUUCGGAGCUCGAAUACGAUGUCACCCCUCUAUAACCACUCUGCACAUCAUGAAUUUUCCCGGUGCAGACUGGCCUGACAAACGCUGGAUUCGGUGUACUUUUCCCAACUUGCGUGUUUUCAAUUUGCAGAACACGGAAACAACCCCUCGCUCCGUUUACGACUUCAUACAGUGUCAUUCUACGUUACUGGAAGUCAACGUCACAUUCAAUGAUGAGGUCGACCUCCGCUUGGAGGGGAUCAUCAAACUUAUCGAGGGGACUGGCACCUGGAGAGCACCAGAUGACUUGACGACUUGGCAAGAUGCCGGUGACGUUCGACGCUACUACCUAACUGGAGAAGGGAAGAAGAGAUUCCUGGACGAACCUUCACAAACACACACCGAAGUCCGAUUGUUUACUUUCCCUGAUGAUAUCCCCGGCACUCGCUUCACCACUGAUUCCUUUGCAUUCAAACGGGUAUCAUUGACUCCCGAAGCAACAGAGUGGCGAAGACGUGAGGGUUCGGUCGUACCUCGAUACAAGGCGACGCAACUCUCGUUGCAGCUAACAGACCAAAGCUAUUUGCAGCUCUCCGGAACGACGUUUGCGCAUUUCCAUGAUUUCUUCCUAUUGGCGGACAAGUUCCCUGCGGUAGAGACAUUGCGCGUUAUGUCCAGGACAUUCGUGCCUCCAGAUGACUUUGUGCCGUACAUGGUAUUGAUUGGUUCCCGACUCGAAAAGUGGAAGAACCUACGCGAACUAGCUAUAUGCUUCGCAGUAAAUGAAGACGUCUUCGAAUGGGGGAUGACAGAACCAGAAAUUGAACCCUUUCUAGCCGCACCAGGCAUCAGGCCUUUCUACGACUACGUCAUCCCCCCUACCGAACGAUGGUCUUCUUCCAGAUUUUAUACGGACUUAGACAUGUUUCGAAACGACCCUUGUAUGGACGACCUCGAGGAGGCGAAUGCGCUCGUUGACCGAGUGCAAGCGAAACUUGAUUUGGACUUCUCAUCCGAUGCAGAGGACCUGGCCCGGCUCAUGCGAAUCUGGGAAACGCGUAACGAGCCGAGGGUUGCCAGGGUUAUGCGAUGUAUUGCCCGAAUGUGUCCAACACUAGAACAAUUGGACUGGUAUCCAAUGGGUUCAGCGAGUGAUGGAGAGUCGUAUACGGCAUGGAGGUGGAAGUUCCUCCGCAAGCUUCGUGACGGCAAACUCGACGUCGACCGAGUGAUAGGGAACUUGAGAUGGGAGAAUUCUGUUCAAGGUGACCCUGAUCCUAUUAUGGAAAACUUGGUUGGCGAGGAAUGGGACCGUUACAGGAAGAGCAGGAAACGGGAAUACUGACUUGACCGUUAGCAAAUGUUCAUGUCUUCGUCAAUUCCCAUAUAUGAGAGAUAUGGCCACGAAAGUUCUUUAUGAAUUACGGCAGACCAAUUCAAUCUAUGCCCCUGCACCUUUCAUGAAUUGUGCAGCUUCGAACAAGGGCACACCACCGUUAUCGCACCUCCAGUUAUCGCACCUCCCGCUGUUGCCCCUCCCGUAGUCACUCACCCAGUCGUCGCGCCUCCAAUAACCACGCAUCCACUUGUGGUGCAGCCAAGUGUGAGAGAGGCAGCAUCAGACGCACUUUGAGCUUGGGAUGCCCCCACUCUUCUUUACAUCCUCGACAAUCGCUAGCGCUGCGCGCAACGUAUCGGCGGCUUCUGGCAAGGCCGCAUUCUAGUACGCCGCAACAAAGCAUUUGUUUGGCUCUCAAAUAGUGUAUACGGGACAAGCCACAAAUCAGACAUACCUGAGUGGCGUUCACAGCCAAGUUACUUGUGUGGCCCUGGGGUUCCCCUAAAAAUGUUGAAAUGCGAAGGCUUCUUCAGCGGCUGAUUAACUACACUAGCAACAUCCUGGUUGCGCUGCAGCCAAUAGGGCAAGGUAAUCGCAGGUAAAUUUCAGUGGAUGUCAGGACUCACCUGAACAUUAGAGAUCAUUAUCUUGUGAAUGUGUGUGUGGAGACCCGGGUCUGAUUGAUGUGGGGGCUAUUUUCUGUAUUCUGGAUGAAUACAUGUUGUACGAGUGACUUUUAAACGAUACCGGCGGAAGUUUGUUACGCACUCCAUCUUUGUGAAUGUGACUCUUCGGAGAUUGCGGACACAUGCUUCCCUGCCCUUUCACAUUCCUUCCAGUUUCAAUUUAUGAUUGAAUUAUGUGCGCAACCUAGUACAUUCGUUGCUCAACGAAGAUUCACUGUCCGAACUUCUCAUUCAAUGCAGAUGAUCUUCUCCAACUCAUGUACAUUUGGAAGAAUAAGGAAGUUGAAAGAUCAUGCAGUGUAUUACCCGG